AUGGCCCACACGCUGGACGCGGACACAGGCGACGCCCGUCCCAACUUUGAGACGCUCAUGAAUGACGAUUCCUUCCGCUACGACUGCGCGGCCUAUGUCGACGAUCUGGCGCGGGGGAGACACGACGCUGUUUGGUUGGAGGACGCAUGGCGUGCACACGCCAGGAGGAAGGCGGGCGAGUUUGACGAGUGGCUGAGCGACAAGUUUGUCGAGGAUUGGGGGGUUGACGUUGCUGAUGAUUCCAAGAUGAAGCCGAAGCCCAAGGCCGAGGAGACGCAGGCAGCCCAUGGCCAGGGCGAGCAGGCUGGUGUCCAGAAGCAAGGCUGCGGAGUGGAAACCAUGUUGAAGGAUGGCCAGGCCGAGGACGAGGCGGGGUAUGGCGAUUCGAACCACGCCAUGGGCGAGCAAGCCUCGCAUCACAUUGUCGUCUUGUGA